AUUCGCAACUGGAGAUUAAUUCUACUAAUCUUCAGUCUCGUACUCCCUUUGUUACUGGUACUGGACAUUUUCAUACUCUCCGAUCCGAUCGGUACACACAUCCACCCGAUCAUCGCCCCCUUCUUCAACUCUCCUCCCCUGCAACCUCCAGCCUAGUCCCUGCACUUACCUCUCCACUCUCCUAUCCCCCCUCUUCACUUUGUUUCUACCAUCUUCACCUCCCACUCUUCUCCUUCCUUUUCUUCUCACUUCCUUGAUUCUAUACUUUACCUCCCUAGCUUACUGUCAACUUCGGAUUCAUUAUUGUCAAGCGUAUUUUCUGUUAUUCUUUCCACACCAUCAUGUUGGGUCCACGCGCAGCCCGCUCAACUCGAGCGGUGACUUCACUCUUACGACCCUUCAGCUCGUCAGCCGUGGCCUAUCGUUCUCCCUCGAUUCGCGAUGUUACAGCCCAGUCGACUGAGGAAUACCUCAGACGGCGGAAGGAGUUCCGCGAGAACUUGGAACAGGCUCGUUUGAGAAGAGAACAGCAAGAGAGUCAGUCUGUCAAUGCUUCUGCUUCUUCAUUUACCCCUUCCCGUGAGUACGCUCCCACUGCUCCACAAGUGAGCAAUGCGAGCAGUCAUGAUCGCAUCCACCCUACUUUCGAUGCUGCCACGACGCUUGAUCAGAAAGAACUGGGCUCACUCUCAAUGCACCGCUAUUUAGGGGAUGACCAACACCAAGAAGCUGUGGCCAAACGUGGCCCUUUGUCUUCGCUCAUCUACGGCACCAAAGAGGGCCAACAUUUUGACAAGGAUAUGGAGCGCUCCUUCUCACAGGUUUUAGCACGCGGCAAAUAUGUCCAUUCCAUCGUUAUGCACGACGUUAAGCCCGACAAGGUUGAUGAAUAUGUGGAUCUGGUGGGCCAGUGGUACCCCCGCAUGGCGGGUACCGAGGAGAACCGUGUCAACUUGGUGGGCAGCUGGCGGACGCAAGUGGGCGACAAUGAUACCUUUGUCCACAUCUGGGAAUACCAACGCUAUGAAGGCUACCACGACUCUCUUCACAACAUCUCGCAACACCCAGAGUUCCCUGCCUUCGAUCGCAAACUCAAGAGCCUGAUUAAGAGCAAGAGGACCUCGUUGAUGCAGGAGUUCUCGUUCUGGCCCACAACCCCGCCUCGCCGUCUCGGUGGACUCUUUGAGCUUCGGUCGUACACCCUGCACCCGGGCAAUCUCCUGGAGUGGGAGACACACUGGCGCCGUGGCCUUACAGCUCGUCGUGAGGUGAUGGAGGGCGUAGGUGCAUGGUUCGUGCAAAUUGGCGACUUAAACACAGUGCACCACCUAUGGCAGUAUGCCAACUUGGAGGAGCGCAAGAUCUGCCGCGAGCAGUCGUGGGGCGUCGAAGGCUGGGCCGAGACGGUUCACAAAACUGUUCCCUUGAUCCAGAGCAUGAAGAGUCGGAUUCUUGUCCCGAUGCCCUGGAGCCCUGUCGGCUAAAUUGUUUGAGCCAGCUCAAACGAUUUCCCUUGGCCUAUUCCCCGGAUCUUGGCGUCCAGGGAAUCUUCAUUCGAACGAGCAGGAUGUCGCGAGGUGUAUUGACCGAGGUUGGUCUCGCCAUUAACGCAUACCCCUUAUUUCCUUUCUGUCGGGAUGCAUGUUAUGGGGAUACUAGGCCCUUUGCAUCCGAUUUUGUAUUGUGUACCUAGGCAUUAAGCAUGUGUCAAAUCCAUUAGUCAAACAUCAAACCUCCGAGGUCUUAUUUAGUUACAAA